AAAAACAGGCCUGUUGACGUGUUUGUUGGUUGAGUUGUGAUCGACAAUUGGGUCAACUCGAAUGAAUGAACUGCUGGACCCGAAUGACUGACUGGAGAAUGGUUUCGUCACACCAAUAUCCAGUACUUUUAUGACGAAGGAUCCUUAGUUCAUAUCCCAAGAACGCUGGAGUCAUCUAGGGUCCUCAAAACUUGAAAAAUAAAUAAACAAACUUGAAAUUAGAAGUACAAAGUUACUGGCUAUACUAUACCAGUUCAAUCAAUGGGAUUUUGCGCCACAAUGGGUCGUCGCAGAUCUAACAAGAUUCUGCAUUGGCGAAAGAGAUGGUCUCACAGUGGCCUUGAGAGUUGGUGGCAAACUUCAUUCUGGACGAGCCCUUCUCGACCAUUAUCACUUGCCACCAUGUCGGUGACUCUAAUGGCUGCAUCAUGCGAUUCAAUCGGCACCUGCUCUUUGGACGUGGAUGCAGAGUCACUCUCCGACUCUCUCGUCGAAUCUACUCAAGUUGAAUCUUCACAUAACCACCACAAUACAGGUGAACCUCGAGCAAAUGCUCCAUCACUUUCCGAGCAAACUCUACAUAGUUUGUUACUAUCUGCUGGUACAAACGGAGGACAAAAUCUUAACAACUCUGACAAGUCUCAAACUAACUUCAGCUCACCUAGUCCAACAAAUGCAAAGAAACCAUCUUACCUCAAUCUUGCCUGCUCCAUUAGUGGCUACGGAGGAAUAACUACUUAUGACAGUAAAUUGAGGGAGGGUUUCCGUUCUAGAGACCAUAGUCCUGGCAAACUAGUUGGUAUUCAGAACGGAAGCAGGGAAGUUAGUCCAGCCAGAGGGUUAAGUGCUGGAAUACCAAACUCUGGCAAUUAUUUGACCGCUCCUAACUCUGGUAGGUUGUGUUGGACACCAAGUCCAGUUGGCGGACAAGUGUCAAGCAAGACCACCAUGAAGAACAUCUCCCCAACGUUUGGAGCUGGUCAACGGAUCAAUGGCUCAAAUGGAGCUGAUCAGACAGAUGCAACAGGAAAUUUUAAUGCUAAGCGAAUCUCAGAUCAAAGAAAUCGAUGGCUGGAAUCAACGCUUUCACCCUCCGAAAAGAAAGAUUACCAGAGUGUAGUAUCUGUAUUCGAAACAAAAUCAGGGAAACAUGGACUGACUACAGAAACAUCUGUUGAAACAAGAUAUGAAGUUAGUUCAAGAUCUCAGUCAACGGUAGUGAGUUCAACGACCGUCAUUUCGUCUAAUGCUAUUCCUCAGAACUACUCAAAUCAUUUCCGAACCGAAAGAAUUGUUCCGAUUGCUGUUGGAGGAGACACAUUAGAUCGUCAUGCUUCCAUGUCUGAUAAAAAGGUUUACACCAAUGGUUCUGCUCUCCAUAAUACUCCAGUCUCCACCAAGUCAUUUAUCCAACAACGCAUUGAGCGCCUGUACGGGCCUUGCUCUUUAGCCCAAGGCUUUUUUCACCGUAGUCACAAGAACCCAUCUGCUCUUCCCCCAAGCUUUUUGGGAACAAAUGGCCUAGGUUGUCAAGUAAAGCUUGAAGGAGAGCCUAAUUUGGAUAAACCACAGAGCUCUCCUGAAUUGCCAGUACUUAGACAUUUGCGCCCAGAGUUUCGAGAUCAGCUUACUGUUGCUCCUCGCCGUAGUUUGGGAACAAGAUCAUCUAAUGGUUCCUCUCCAUCCAAUUCUGUGGUAACCAAAUCAACUUCAUCCAAUGGGAAAGAGGAGUAUGUGUCAACUUCACCAUCAAUUCUACAGAGAUCUACAGAAAGCAUAGCAGAUCUACAACCAGCUGCACCAGAAGUUGUUCUUCCUCAGCAAUCACCCUCUAAUUCUCCAAUGACAAAAGUUGAUGAAACUGUUGUCAACGAACUGGAAUCCAAAUCUGUUCCAAAUGUUCACUUCAGUCAGGACCAGCUACAACCACAACCAUCCAAAAUUACUGAAGAGCAUGUUUCCUCAGCUGUGUCAGCAGUCUCCAAAGAGCUACCAAAGGAGGAUGAAAAAGAAGAAAAUGCUGGUCACAAAUUCCUCAAGAUUCGGCAGCAAACGAUUGAGAAGUUGUUGGUGCUGGCUGAGAAAGCUGAGAAAGAGAUAGAAGCAAGUGGGAAAGAUGGAAAUGCAAUCCUUUCAGAAGAAGCUCUUGGACAUCUGCGGGCUGCAGCUGGAAAAGCAAGGCUUUUGGUCACUCAAAAAAUGGUCCAGUUUGAGGGCUUGUGCCGCAAGUGCAUUAAUCAACGUUCUGAUGAACAAUUUCCAACAACAGCUCAGGAUUUACAGGGUUUCUGGGACAUGUUGCUUUUACAAGUUGAUGAAGUUCACAACACUUUUCAACGUCUUGACAAACUUCGGGCAGUGGGUUGGUGUGAGGAUAAAUUAACAUCUGAGGAUCAAUCCAAGUCAUCUGACUCCUCAGGGCCUCGUACCCCAGCAAGCAAAAGAACCCCGCGGACACCAAAAUCUGUCUCAUCCUCAGCAAAAUCAGCAGAGGCAGCAGCUCUAAGAAAACAACGUGAGGAGGAUCGUCGUAAAUUAAUGGAACAGCGUCGCAGGGAAUUGAAGCAAAAGCAGCAAAGUGAGCAGAACCCUGCUUCCUCUGGUGAAACUGUUGAAAUAUUUGGAGCUCAGUCUAGCUAAGAAUGGUUGUGCGCCUGUCGCGCACUUCUUGUUUUUGUACUGCAUGCCUAGGAAUUUUUUAGAUUCAAUUUUAACCAUGGAUUCAGAUAUGACCACCAAUUUAGAACCAAACUAAUCAGAAGGAAUCUUUUUAAUACCUGUUAUUUUGUAUACAAAAAAAAUAAUAAAUCUUUAGAGCACUAAAGUUACCUUAUUAAAAUUAAAGCAAGUUGGCCGGCAUGGAGUGAGCUAACUGUUUUAGUGUCCAUGUUAUUUUUGUGGGUAAAGGGAUCAGCUGGUCAAUUACUACAGUUCCUUCACUGUUGAAUAGAAAAUAUGGAAAUCGUGUAAAAUUUAACAAAUGUAUUGUUGUCACCUAAUCAAAAUGACUGUUUUUCUGAAGAAACUCAGAAGUUUAUUGGCUCACAAAUAGCUAUGAAUGCAAUUGCAGUGGUUUGGAUUAUUCAAAUUGCACUACUUUAUAUUCCCGCAACUUGAAAUAAUAAUGGUUGUGUCACUGACAAAUAAGACCCAAUCUUUAACCUUUACUAAGAAGAUAAAAGUGGUUUAUUCCUUGAAUAUGUAAUGUGGUGGGGUGGCCGGGAAUUUAAAGCUAAAUAUAACAAUGUAGAGCAAUAUGUAAUCGCUCUGGCAAAAGAUAAUCUUUAUAGCUUUCAAGUUCAUUUUUAUAAGGCAUUAAUUAGUACUGUGCAAUGUGUUCUAGCAAGGUAGUUUUUUGUGCUAAAUGCUGUGUAAAGCUCAAUCAUGGUAAAAUUGCCCCUAAAUUGUUAGAAGAGCAACUGAGGUUUCAUUUUUCUGUUCUUUAAAGUAGCAUCACAUGAAAAGACUCAAAUAAUUUGCCAAUUCUUCAUCAAUAUGUUAAAUUGUAAAAUUUACUCUUGCAUUUAAAACUCAAAUCAUGAAUGAACUAAUUUGAUGGCCAUUUGAGAUGCCAUACUGGAAAUUUCAUACAAAGUUUAUAGCUAAGAAAGUGUAUUCUAUAUGUCUGUGUGAUACUAAUGUCACUCUUGUUUUGAUUUUCUGACAGUUUUUGCUGAAUAUAGACUAAAACUGCAACCAUAUGUCUAAACCGGUGGUAAUAUGUUUUCCUUGGGAUUUACUAUUUUUACUGCACUUUAAGCUGCUUAUGAGACUCUUAUAUUACCAAAGUUAUGCAUGUCUGUUUGAACAUUUUGUUCCUUAAUUUAAAAGUAUUUAUUGAUAUAAGUAAUUAUGACUGUUUUUCUUUUUUAUCUUGUUUUGAUAUACUUUAUUCCACUACAUCCUUUGAUCGUACUGUUAAUCAAACAUUUUGUUAGCAGCUCAUAUAUUUGUAUCUUUGCACAUUUUACAUUUGUAGGGAAAAUGAAGUGUUGUGGUACAUCACUUCAAUCUCUGCCUCCUGUAAUCUAUCUUUAUUGUGACCAAAUUAUUAAUUUUAGUUAUCAAAUGAUCAAAUAUUAACCUCAUGUAUUUCUCUUUAUAUUUAAUCAUGAAGUUUGACUGAUAGUGUUGGAUUGUGGGUGCUUUGUGUCCUCUAAAAUGAUGUUAGAGUUAAUUUUUGUAUUUUAAUUUAUGCACUAUUUAUAUAUUUAUAUGUAUUGUAAUUCAUUUAUUCAUGUUGAUACCAUUUUUGCAGAUGUGGACAGUAUUUAUUUCUUUCCUCUUCGUUCUAUUCAUUUUCUUGAGAAGUGGUUGCAUCAUAUGUAAAGGAGUUUCAAAUACAAAUAAUUUGAGAAGUUUUCAACUAGUACAAAGCUUUUAACCUUUCCUUUCUAUGUGUAUGAUAAUUUGGGAUGUGUGAAUAAGUUCAUUUUAAAUAUUGACAAUCCUGUUUCUUGAUCUGAUUUUCCUUAUAAAUCCCAUUUGUUACAUUCCUAUUCUACUGAAAUUUGCUCUUUUCAAAUGGAGGCCAGCAUGCACUGAAAAUUUUAAUCUGUAAGGGUUUAGAAUCAAAACUUAGCCAAGUAGCAGUUAUGAUAAGCUGUGGGGUCGUAUUCAUUUUUGAACUUGAAUGAUAUGCUCGGCAAAGAGGGAUUUACCUGCAUGUGAUGUGAUUAUUUUUCAUUUGGCAUCAUAAUUAGUAAAAGACUAGAUGGUGGAUCCGUGUGAAGCUAACUUAUGUAGAUUUAGUUUUCUGUUGUGUGUGGGUUGUGUUUCCAGAAAAUCAGAGUGUAACUUGUUAGAUUUUGAGGUAGUUCCAAGCUUGAAUUUAUUCUACCCCCUUUAUCAGUUUUCAGUAUCUUGUCUGUUUGUGUUAUAAGCAAUAUCAAAACGUAGUUGGAAGGUCACCACAAACAAUUUUUCACCUGCCAUUGCCAAAUUUGAGAGGGAUCCACACUUACUGUUCUAUGUAGAAUCUCAUACCUAAUGGCAAUGGCUCUCUUUUAGGAAUCCUUUGAGCCCAACUUUCGACUUGAAGUUAUUUUGUGCUAAAAAUUGUAACAAUGAAUCUGAAGACGGUCACCCUCUCUAACUCAUAUGAUUUCCUCAGAACUACAGUAAACAUUCUUUUUGUUUGUAACUGUACCCGUUGUCUGAAUUAGGUGUGAUUGAAUGUAGGUAUGUGCUUAAUGGUGCUUGCUUGUUUUGUAUUAAUAGCUUUGACAAAUGAUUACUAUGUUCACUCCUUGAUGUGCACAAUGUCUAACCAUUAAUACAGUAUUGUUUGUGGGUGUACAAUAUGCAGUUUGCAAUGAUUUGUCUGGAAAGUAUUUAAACAACUAUAUACGUACUCAUCCUGCAUAGUAUUUGGUGCUACAGAACAUGCUGUAAUAAAUUUGCCAUGUACUACAGAGCUUGUACCUUGCUUAACAAUUCAAUAAAGAAUGACCCUUUUA